CGUGCUUCCUGAAGUUCCAGAAUGACUCUUCACACGUAGAAACCACCCAUUCUAGAUGGCGGCUUUCAAGGAUCAUACAAGAAUUCUCGAAUUUUGACCGUGUCAAAGUACAACGCGUCGUUCCACUGCGCUAGGCGAUCGCUGACAAUUCCCCCACUUUUCCUGUCUCUCCGUGGGUGAAGACGCGCUGUUCGUACUCCUCCCGCUGCUCCUCAUCAUGGCUCUGGUGGACAUCCUCGAAACACCCAGCGACUAUGUUUUCCGUGUUGACGUACCAGGAUUCCAUGGGAAGGAUUUGAAAGUGAGAGUGGAUCCUGAGACGCUCGUUAUCGCGAUUAAGGGAGAGCGUCGUCAAAAGAAGUCGGCUAACGAGCGGCUUAUAUGGAGAGAAAGAGUGCACGGGAGCUUUACUCGGGAGUUUCAGCUUCCGUCUGAUGCAGACGUAGAACAUGCGACGGCUGCGUGUGUGGACGGCAUCUUGACGGUUUCUGUCAAGAAGCUUCCGCAGCCUGAGCCCAAGGUUAUUGACGUCAAGGUGAAGUCUCGGCUGUAAAACGUAAAUGCUCAUAGUCACAAUGCCGUGGAGGUUUUUGUUUGUAACGGGCGUUCAGACAAAGCUUUGUACGUUUCAGUGAUGGGUUGCUGAGAAAGCUGUGAGGAUGAGCGGAAAUAUUGGAACGCAGGAGUCCAAGCCAGAAUCAUGGCACUGAUUUAGGGUGGAUGCUGGUACAGUAGCCAUCUCUCCUCUCCUCUCCCAUCCUCUUUUUUUUUUUCUGAAACCCGACCUUCCUCCUGCCAUGUCUCUCUCCUGUUCCCAAUCAGUUCCUCUCCACCACCCAUCCUUAUACCUCCUCGGCUCCUCCCUCUCUUCGCUCAAUCCCUAUCGUUAUCACAGCAUAACAUGCAGCGAUCUAAUCUGGUAACUGUCGUUUUCAAUUGAAACAUUCCA